GAACGUUCGAGGCGGGUGGACGAUUUCUACAGCUCAGACAGGGUGGCAGCCAGAGGCGUGACUCCGUUCUGAUUGAGAUCGCCCUGAAAGGGAGCCAGCAGCUAUCACAGCAUCGUUGGCGCAAGGCUUGAAUUGAGGCUCGCAUUCGGCCAGCACACGUCGUCAUUGCCUGCACGCGAAAGUUAGCAGACUCGGACCUUGAUAUGGUCUUCAUCUUCGGCGCGCCGGUCUUCUGCGCUUGCGAUCGAUCAAUCAUGCUGUCAGGCAGCAUUAGCCGGGAUGCCCGCGAUGGACGUAUCCGCAAGGAGACCGUAGAGACCCACCCUCUGCCAAUUGAAGCCUUUAGAUCGCGUCAACGCGCUCGAAAAGAUGGAUAUGAGCUCGGAAGCAAGCGCCGAGCCCCUCCUGUAGAACAUUCAGACUUGCCCUUGACUCCUCGGCGAACAGUCCGACGAGCGCUAGCUCGAAUCGUCGCUCUUUCACGGGCUUCGGCAUCCACGCGACUGCUAUCGCCCCGCCCAGAGUGGCUGGCAUUCUCCUACCAGAAGCAAUUACGGCGGGCUUCGAGCGGACCUCAUCUUUCCUUGCAUGCAAAGCAUGGCAUCUCGAGCUGAUUUCCGACUCUCUCAUUCGGAAAGGGGCUAAGGCUAGUUGGCGCAUAUUCCAUCUCACGAUUCGUCAUGUUUCUACCAUUGCGGCCUAAUCAUGAUUGUGAUGGGUGCAAAGAAUCGCAGCAGUAUCUUUCGAGGACCUCGCUUUCGCAUCAGACUUUCUUCUCCGUCGUUGCGGCGACAGCGGAGCCGCUCGA